GAGAGAGAGACUGUGUGUGUGCGUGCGCGUGUGUCUGUGUCUGUGCAUGCCCCCUACCCCAGCCCUCCACCCCUCUUUACAGGACUGCCAGCCCGUCUAGAGUUAUUCCAGGAAUGCGUUGAACAUGGCUGCCGCGAUGAAGGCGCAGAAAACGGGACUGCUGGAACUUCGAGUGACCGUGGACCGCUGGAUCCGGGUGUUGGCCACGCUUAACGAGGACGCUCUCACAGUAAACCCCGGUGAAGGCGCCGAGGAGCCCGCGAAGCCCAGCCCCAAUCCCGCAGGUGCUGUCAACGGAGACCCCCCGAACCUCAGCUCGUCCCCGGUCCCGGAAGCCAUCACAAACGUGAAGCGUACUGUGCGGGUUACCAAGCAAGAUGUGGGAGGACUGGGAAUUAGUAUCAAAGGUGGAAAAGAAAACAAGAUGCCGAUCCUCAUCUCCAAAAUUUUUAAAGGCCUGGCUGCAGACCAGACCGAGGCACUUUAUGUUGGUGAUGCCAUACUGUCUGUCAAUGGUUAUGACCUACGGGAGGCCACACACGAUGAGGCUGUGCAGGCACUGAAAAAAACUGGCAAAGAAGUCAUCCUUGAAGUGAAGUACAUUAAGGAGAUGUCUGCCUUCUUUAAAAGCUCUGGGUCCUCUGGAGCAGGCCUCCCGUGGGAUUCUCCGCCUUCUACACCUCAGAGGGGCCCUGAGCUCUCCCCUGCGGAGGUGAAAGAACCUCGCAGCAUCCCACUGAAAAUGUGCCAGGUUUCACGGAAACAGUGCCCCCCAGACACAGAAAAUAGGUAUUUUGAGGUGAUUUCAUCCAACAGAAAGAACUCUGUUUUCCUGCGGGCGAAAGACCCAGCCAUGGCUCAGUCUUGGUACAAUGCCAUUCAGGCUGGCGCCGCCAACCUGUUACCCCGAGUGAAGGAGGAGAUGAAGAGCAUGCAGUCUGGCAUGGAGGUCAAACACCUGGGCUGGAUUACAGAGCAGGUAUCUCAGGGUCCAGAGAGACCUGUACUAGCAGUGCUGACUGAGAAGGACCUGCUCCUGUAUCCCUCCUUCCCUGAAAGCAAAGAGAGCCUAUGCAACCCCACCAAGAGUCACCCGCUCAUCACCACCAGAUUGGUCCACUCUGGACCUGGAAAAAGUUCUCCUCUAUUUGACUCCGAGCUGUCGUUCGGCCUCCGUUCGGGCACCAAGCAGGGCGUGGAGACUCAUGUGUUCAGGGUGGAAUCCGCCAAAGAGCUGUCCACCUGGACUCAUCUGCUGGUGGAUGGUUGCCACAACGCUGCUGAGCUCAUCAAGGAGGUCACCGCAGCCUGCAGUUGGAAUGGAAAAGAGUGCACCCUUGGAGUGCACAUCGAUGACGGUUUCACACUAUUCACAGAAGAAAUGGGUGUCAGGAAAAGCGUUCUCCUCCAGCAGCCCUUUGAGCGCCUCCGAAUGUCCUCAGAUGAUGGAGUUCGUAUGAUGUUCCUGGACUUUGGAGGCCCUGAGGCUGAGAUUCAACUUGAUCUCCACUGCUGCCCGAAGACCCUAGUCUUCAUCAUCCACUCUUUCCUGUCUGCUAAGGUCAAGCGACUUGGCCUCCUGGCAUGAUGAAAGCCAUCCAUCCAGAACAUCACAAUAGGAAUACUGAGUGAAACACACAGCCUCUGAAGACUCUUGACAAUGAGGCCCAGGACAAGAUGCUGACAAGCUCUUUGUUUCCAGCCUCUAAAGCUCAUCUUCUCUGGUCAGGCACCCCCUGAAGUUUUACUUGUGUAAGAAAAGAGAGCUACGACAAUGAUGGACCUUUGUUGAAUUUGUAGAUGUGAGGUAAAAUGAUGUUUUUACAGUUGGUGCAAGCCAGUAGCCACUUUAUGGGGGUCUGCCAUCUGUCAAAGCCGUCUAAGUCAGUCAUGACACUUGAUUAUGGCAAACUGUGUGACUAUGACAGGCUGUAUCUUAAUGUUUCUAUGCUUGAAGUCCCAACCUUUUUUUUCAGUCAUUGUUUAGUUUUAUUUUAUGAGUCACAGCAGGCCUUUGUCAUGAGCAUCUUUUCAUCUUUCAGUCUCUUCUUUCUGUGCUGUGAGGACAAAACAAAAGUUAUUUCACAAGUGUCCUGAUUGAUGUUGGGCAAACAGUUCUUACGUAAAAGCAGCUUUAGUGGAGUGACAGGAUGACACGACUGAUUGCUGCAUGAUCAAUACAUGCAGACACUGUACAACUAAAGUGACACACUGUUUAUGUAGACUGUUAGUUGCCCUUGUGUAGAGUUAUUCUAUGUAAGAAGCAACAUUUCAAGAUGUCAUACAAGGUUUUCAUUACAGCUAAAAACUGUAUUUUAUGUUGCUUUUGUAUUUUAACCCUACUCAUUAACAAAGACAUGAGAAAGGGGAUAACAGUUUAUUAAAUUAUAAAAUAUGAUUCUUUUAAUGGUGUUAAUAUGUGAGCAAUAAAUUAGAUUUGAAAUUCUGAAUAAAAAGACAAACCACCUUGAAUCUCAUUAUUAUGAUCAUGCAUCAUCGCAGUUUUGGCUUCAUUUCAUUUCGUCCCUUGUGACGAUAUUUGUUUUUAAAAAUAAAAAGAUAAGAUUCAGUUUGCUUAAAGAGUGCCAUCAGCAGAGAUGGAAAAAAAAACUUUUUCAGACAGUCCAUACACAAUUUGUCCAACAUUUAAUUAUGUCUGCUCAAAUUCCAUGUCAGACAUGUUGUUUACAUCACUUACUUCUUUAGUGUUUAUUAUGGCUGAACAUUUGCAGUUUGGGUCCUUCGUGCUCACUCCCCACACUAAACAGACUUGUAUUAAUAUAUAUUUCAAAACUAAAAGUUGUCUGCUUCAAGAAUAAACUGUAUUGUAUAUUCUUAUUUAAACAAAGGUGUGCCUUGCAGGGUUGUUUGUAUAUAAACAUGUAAUAAAAUUUGUUAA